UAACGUCCUCACGGGGAACGUCCGGGCCCAUUCAGUUGCUUGUUCGCCUACUCUUCUUCGGCCAAUGCAAGUCUUGCGCCGCGCACGUUCCUCUGUUAUGGCUGCACUCUUCGCCACGGUCGCGCACACCGCCUGCUGAGCGGGCACGGACUGCUGGGGUCCAUAGGAAACGGUCUAUCAGCCCUGCAGAACUGUGCAUGAGGCUAGAGGGAACUGUGCUUCUUGGGUAAACAGAGCUCAGGAUGGCAAUUACACAGUUUCGGUUGUUCAAGAUUUGCACUUGCCUUGCAUCUCUGCUUUCUUUCUUCAAAAGGCUAAUAUGCAGAUCUGGCCGAGGUAGAAAGCUAAGCGGCGAUCAAAUCACUCUGCCAACUGCUGUGGACUACGCUUCUGUACCAAAACAAGUAGAGGACUGGAGCUCAUGGGAUGAUGAAGCCCCCACAAGUGUAAAGAUUGAAGGUGGUAAUGGCACCCUAUCUACUCAGAAUUCAAUGGAGCCACAGGAGCCUGAUUUCUUCAAAGAUAUGGCUCCGACGAUCAGGAAAACGCAAAAGAUUGUUAUAAAGAAGAGAGAGACUGUAAAUUUUAGUGUCCCAGAUGGCAACUUUGGGUUUUCCAGUAGGCUGGCAGCCACUCAAGAUAUUCCUUUUGUUCACCAAUCUGCAGAAUUAGGCGAUAUGGAAACCUGGCCAGAGAACUCAAAUGCUUGGGAAGAAGAGGAGGAUGCUACUUGGCAAGCUGAAGAUGUUCUCAGGCAGCAGAAGAUGGCAGAAAGAGAGAAAAGAACAGCAGAACAACAAAGGAAGAAAAUGGAGAAAGAAUUACUACGGCAAAUGAAAAAAGAGCAGAACAAAAUUGGUGUUAAAUUAUCUUAACAGAUGGCUGGCUGUGAAUAUGGAGCUGAAAAUGUUAAAUCGUACAAACAUUUCCACAUAUUUCAGUUCAUUCCGAGUACUGAUGCUUCAAGGCAAGCUCAUCGGAUGUAAACCUGAUCAGCGGGUGGUGGCAGGGACUUGCUGCACAACAGCUCACACUUCCUUUUUAAAAGCCAGGGACCUAACCCCAGGUCAAAUUUGCCUCAGAUUAAUAGCGCAUGGGACUUUAACAUGAAAAAGGGUGUAAAUAUUUCAGUGGUGGAAUCUACUGCUCCAUUUUGCUUUCUGAAAAUAUGUAAUUACAUAAUAAAGAAUUUUAAAGAAA